AUGGAGCAUGGGCCGGCCUGGUGGCUCGACGUCAUGUGCCCGAGCGUCGCCGACAUGAGGGAGCUGCGCAAGUUCCUCCCUCUUCACCCGCUCACGAUCGAGGACAUCCUGCACCAAGAGACGCGCGAGAAGAUCGAGUCGUUCGCCACCCUCGGCUACUACUUCGUCGUCUUUCGCGCCCUCGACGAGUCGUACUUUCGCUACACCUCGCCGACGACCUCGCCCUCGAGCAGUGUCGGCGUCGGCGCCGUCAACCUGUACCUCGUCGUGUUCGGCGACGGCAUCAUCUCCUUCCACUUCGAGCCUCUCGACCAGCACGUCGAGCGUGUGCAGGGCAAGCUCCAGCAGUUCGGCAUCUCGCGCAACUUCUCGUCGCACUGGAUCGCCUACAGCCUCAUGGACUCGAUCGUCGACUCGUUCUUCCCGAUCAUGGACUACAUCGAGGGCGAGUCGAACGAGCCCGACGAGAACCUGUUCAGCCAGACGCGGUUCGACCGGUCCGUCAUGCUCAAGCGCAUCACCGACAUGCGCAAGCUCGUGACGGGCCUGAGCCGGCUCCUCGGGCCCAAGAUGGACGUCGUGCGCGGUCUGCGCAAGCGUACGAUGGAGGAGAACCUCGGCCUGUUCAAGAGCGAUGCCAAGCACGACAUCGCCGUCUACAUCGGCGACCUGCAAGACCACAUCGUCGCCAUGCAGCAAUCGCUCGUCUUCUACGACGCCAUCCUCGCGCACGACCACCCGGCGUACCUGUCGCUCCUGCGGUUCUCGCUCGUCGGCGCCAAGCGCGGCACCGACAUGGCGCUCGUCAAGCUGUACAUCGUCACGCUCACGUUCCUGCCGAUCAACAUCUGGACGUCCAUGUUCGGCAUGAACGUGACGGUGCCGCACAACGGCAACCCGGACUACGACCACAACUACGCCGACGGGCGCAAGGCGCCGCACAACCUGUUCAUCAUCGUCGCCGUCGGGUCGCUCGUCGUCGCGGCAGCCGUGUGGCUCGGCGUGUGGCUCAUCUUCCGCUCGAGCCGCAGGCAGGCCAAGCGCCGAGGACCCGCCAUGAGAUAG